CCAGUCCCCACGCACUUCGUCUCUUUCUACGUGCAACAACGUAGGUACAGGGGUCUCACAAAAAAUCCUCGAUUACAUACCUUCACACCGCUCUGUGAGGGAGCCUCAUCGAUCAGCUAAGCAAAAUGAAGCAAAAGAUCGUGAUCAGGGUGUGCAUGUGCUGCGACAAGUGCCGGUCCAAGGCCAUGGCGCUGGCGGCGGCGACGUGCGGCGUCGACUCCGUGGAGCUCGACGGCAAAUACAGGGACGAGGUGGUCGUCGUGGGCGAGGGCGUCGACUCCGUCAAGCUCACCAGAGCGCUGCGCAAGAAGGUCGGGCACGCCGACCUCCUGCACGUCAGCGAGGUCGGCAUCAAGAAAGGACAACAAGAAGCCGUCGGACACCGCGGCGCCAUCCAACCCGCCGCCGUCGGCCAAACCCGCCGCCGCCAUCCAACCCGCCGACGCCGCCGACCACGGCGCCACCCAACCCGCCGACGCCGCCGCAGCAGGUCACCUUCGUCUGCCACCACUGCCACCCUGUCUGCUACGGAUACUACUCGUGCUACUGCUACUGCCACCGCCACUAGCUAGACGCGGCAAGGACGAGUGGAGACUGGAGACCAUAACGCAGAGACGACGCGUACCAACGGAUAGGAUCCGAGUAGUCCAUAUUUUUAGUUUUUCUACCAGUAAUCAACUCUAUAUGCGUUGCCAUGCAUGUAAUGUGCAACUUGUUACGUGGUUAUAUAAACCAGUACCUAGCUCGUGUCAAUAAUAAUGAUGUAACUAUAUUUGUUA